CGCUCUGUGCGGCAGCUCUAUGGUCACGGUCCGGCCAUGCUGCGGUCGCUGCCCGCCGCCCGGUGCCCGGUGCGGUUGUCCCGGCUGUGCCCGCUGCUGCUCGGGCUGCUCUCCCGCCAGGUGCGGGCGGCGGGCUCGGCUGAGCGCGGCUCGGUGCUGAAGACACCCAAGGGCACCCGCGACCACCACCCCGCACAGAUGACGCUCCUGGGGCGGCUGCUGGGCACCGUGGUGUCGUGCUUCAAGCGACACGGGGCGGCCGCCAUCGACACCCCCGUGAUGGAGCUGCGGGAAAUGCUGAUGGAGAAGUAUGGGGACAACUCGAAGCUCAUCUAUGAGCUGCAGGAUCAGGGAGGAGAGCUGCUGGCCCUGCGCUACGACCUGACUGUGCCCUUUGCUCGCUAUUUGGCAAUGAACAAAAUCACCAACAUCAAGAGGUACCACAUCGCAAAGGUGUACAGACGGGACAGCCCGGCCAUGACCAGGGGCCGCUACAGGGAGUUCUACCAGUGCGAUUUUGACAUUGCUGGCCAGUUUGACCCUAUGAUUCCUGAUGCUGAGUGCCUGAAGAUAGUGCAUGAGAUCCUGAGCGAGCUGCAGAUCGGGGAUUUUCUCAUUAAGGUUAAUGACAGACGAAUUUUAAAUGGCAUGUUUGCCAUUUGUGGCAUCCCGGAGAGCAAGCUCGUCACUAUGUGCUCUACUCUGGACAAGCUGGACAAGAUGCCAUGGGAGGAAGUGAGGAGUGAGAUGGUAGGAGAGAAGGGACUCUCACCUGAGGCUGUGGAUCGCGUUGGGGAGUACGUCCAGCUUCAUGGUGGCAUGGACCUGAUUGAGCAGCUUCUCCAGGACCCAAAGCUGUCCCAGAACAAGAUGGCCAAGGAGGGGCUGGAGGACAUGAAGCUGCUGUUUGAGUACCUGACGCUGUUUGGCAUCACAGGGAAGGUUUCCUUUGACCUGAGCCUGGCGCGAGGCCUGGACUACUACACAGGGGUGAUAUAUGAGGCUGUCCUGCUGCAGCAGCAGAACAACCACGGAGAGGAGUCAGUGGGUGUUGGGAGCGUGGCUGGAGGCGGUCGCUAUGAUGGUCUGGUGGGAAUGUUUGAUCCCAAGGGACGGAAGGUGCCAUGUGUGGGGGUCAGCAUUGGGAUAGAGCGGAUCUUCUCCAUCCUCGAGCACAGAAUGAAGGCUUCAAGGGAGAAAGUCCGAACGACUGAGACACAAGUGAUGGUGGCUACGCCUCAGAAACAUUUACUCAGUGCAAGACUGAAGCUCAUCUCUGAGCUCUGGGAUGCAGGAAUCAAGGCAGAAAUGAUGUACAGGAAGGAUCCGAAACUGCUAAAACAGCUGCAGUAUUGUGAAGACACCGGCAUCCCCCUUGUUGCCAUUAUAGGAGAGGAGGAGCUGAAGGAUGGAGUUGUCAAGCUGCGAGAUGUUGCAACAAGAGAGGAGGUUAAUAUCCCAAGAGAGGAGCUUGCUGCUGAGAUCAGAAGAAGGCUGGAGCCAUAGGACUUGUUCUGGCUGGAGGUGCAGGACUGGAAACCCCACAGCUCCCAGCCAUUACCUUCCUGCUGGAGUCUCCUCAGUGCUCACUGUGGUUAGGGUUGCAUGGCAGCGUGCUCAUGAGGAGCAGGCAGGUCUGAGGGCUCAUCAUACAGCGCCUGAUCAUACAUACCCUGCUGAGCUGCUGGGCAGCCCGAGCUCUGUGCUCUGAGACAACGCGAUGUGGGGCUGUGCAGGGGGUGGCGGCGCUGCUGGACGGGGCGGUGCCGGCAGUGGUGGCACAGGGGGGUCCACCCCGUGAAGGCAGCGCUCCGAGGCGGGGCAGGGCUGGGAUCCAUCAAUGAAUGAAUCCUAUCGGGUCGGUGCUGGCUGGUCCCGGUGCCGUUAGAAAUAAAGCACAAAUCACUGCCCCGCA